AUGUACAACAAUGAUCAAGAUAAUCGUCCUUUAUUCAAUAUUAAUCAAACAGAUCAUGAUAGAAAACAUGCAAAACAAUCGUCUACUGAUUUAUAUACAAAAGUAAAAACUCCAAAAAAACGAUAUGUUCUUGAAAAAUUUCCAUCAGAAAUACGACAUACACCAGAAUAUAAUACAUUACAAUAUACAUUUCGACCAAUAACACCACCAAAAUUAAAUCAACAACAACAACAUCAACAUCAAAAUAGAUAUAUUGAUACAUAUAAACCAUCAAAAAUAUAUUAUUCUGAUAACGAACAAAAACCAAUUAAUUUAUCAACAAAAGAUAAACAACAAAAUUUAUCUUCUUUUCAAAGAAAUAUUGAAUCAUCUCCAAAUAGUGAAAUAGGAAUUGUCAUGGAUAAAUUAGGUGGUGAUACAAAAGAAAAUAAAGAUUUAGAAGCUGGAAUACAACCAAAAAAAUCUAGACGACGUCGUUUAUUAAAUAAUCUAUUGGAUUUUUUAGCAAUAGCUGCUAGUAUGUAA